CGCUUUUCCUUUAUUAAAGUGAAACGAAACAGGAGUUUUUGCUCUUUAAUGGGGUUUCUUUCUUUCUUUUGGGUGAAACGAAACAUGUGGUGUGUUCCUGUGUUCCUACCCGGACUGACGAUGGUUUAUUCGACUCUGCUUUUUUCUUGUCAUUCACCUGGCGUUUCUAACUGUGUGUGUGGUGUUCCGUGUUCGUGUUCCAACCUGAAGGGCAAUGACUCAGACUUCUUUGGAGGACCAAGUAGAUUCAGAACAUAAAAACGGAUCCGACAUGAAGCCAGAACUAAGGUGUCUGCUACAUGUUCUUGAUCACACCUUCUUGCUUCCUCUACCAGCAACUCAGCUUCUCUCUCUCUCCUCCAUGGUGCAUGUUGGCCAUGGAGGAUACACAAGGAGCCAAGUGAAGAGCCCAGAUGUUUGUUCUGUUGGCUGGUGGACUCGAGGUAGGAGGCUGCAGAGCCAAACUCAAAGGCCAAGGUGCAUGUUGGCCAUGGAGGAUACACAAGGAGCCAAGUGAAGAGC